AUGACCAAGUUAAUACUUUCCACCGGGAACAUUGUCUCGGGCGGUCCCUCGAUCAUCCGUAAGCCCGGGGCGUACCGCUCCAACCUUGAACUGACCAAUUCGCUCCGAAGCAAUUUUUUGGCGGCGCAGGAGGAAGCGCAACAACAACACCAACAAUUACAUGGAGACGACAUUGCAGAUAACAACAACGUCAACAACAACGACACCAGCAACGGCCAUGGCGUACACAUAGACGACGACGACACCGACGCUAACGGGACGCGCGGGCGCCCGCCAGCGUCGGCCUGGACAGCGGAAGAGGACGGCGUCCUGUAUGUGCCCCGCAUCGAUUGGUCGAUGGCGGGGCUGCAGGAGGAGCCGGCGCAAUACGACAUCACGGCCAAGCUCUUCUUCCUACCGACCGAUGCGCCCGUGUCCGACCGAGCGCGGUACGCCAGGGAGGCGUUAGAUCUCGUCCUGAAGGAGCUACGGGUUCCCGCGGUCGACCUACUCAUCGUAUCCUUCCCGGGCAUGUCGUUUGACGGCGACUGCGAGUGGGAGGCGGACAAGAUCAACUCGCGGCAGGGCAACGACGAGGACGAGAUUGCGACGUGGCACGCCGCCAUUGAGGGGCUGUACGACGCCGGCCUGGCCAAGCGUAUUGGGCUGGCGGAAUUCGGCAGCGAGAAGCUCGCCCGGUUCUUGAAGAGGGUGCGCGUCCGGCCCAAAGUCAACCAGAUCAAUCUUAAGAAUUGCUGCAACGUGCCCCCGCCCCUGGCGCAGCUCGCCAAGGAGCAGGGCAUCGAGCUCCUCGUCCACAGCGAUUGCACCGACAUCCUCCCGAAAGGGACCCUGCGGGAGCUCCUCGGCCAGGGGCUCGGCGGCGCGGGGAUCCUGGCCGACACUGAGACGGGCAAAGGUGGGUUGCAGGGAGAUCUCACUCCGCAAUGGGUGGUCAAGUACACUGCCGUUGUCCGAGACCGCGGCGUGAUUGAGAACAAGGGCUAUUUCGCGGGGGCCGGGUUGGACGGGGCUUGA